AUGGCCUCCGAGGCGGUGUCAAUCUCGGCUGCCCCCGCCGAAAACCAAGUGAUUGCCCAUGACGGCAAACGGUUUACCACUGUGAGAGAGGGGCAAGCUUUCAUCUUGGUCCCAGAGUCAGCAAAGAAACCCGAAAACGAAAAGGCAAAGGCCAAUGGCGAUGGAGCUGUGCAACAAGUCUUUUACAACCCGAUUCAGCAAUUCAACAGGGACUUGACCGUCCUCGCUUUGAAGGCAUACGGGAAGGAAACCAUCGAGAAGAGAAAAGAGGCCUACGAGAGGAGGAUAAAGUCCCUCGCAGGAAAGAAGAGGAAGCGAGUGGACAACAAAUCUGAACAAACAUCCGAGAAGGCUCUCAAGACAGCUGAGGGAUCUGUCCCAAAGUCAGGCACAAGCGGCGAUGCUGCAACAACCGAUGACACACUUAUGCUUAAUGCCACCGAGAUUCCCGCCAAAUCCGAUCCUCCAGCUAUAGAGAAUGGGCAAAAUAUUGAGAGUCAGGCCACACAAAAACAGGAAGCCGACAAUGUACAAGAAGCAGCUGGAGGUGAUGACAAAACCGGGAAUCGCCUGAGAUUUACGGUUCUCGAUGCAUUGUCAGCGACAGGGCUUCGCGCGCUACGUUAUGCGCACGAGCUGCCAUUUAUCACACAGAUCACGGCAAACGAUCUUCUAUCUUCUGCAGUGGAGUCAAUCAAGCUCAACGUACGGCAUAAUAAGCUUGAAGACAAGAUCACAGCAAUAAAAGGCGAUGCUCUAGCUCACAUGUACAGCCUGAUAGCAAGAGAACUCUCCAACUCAGGCAAGGGACCAUCCAAGAAGACUGAGAAAUACGACGUGAUUGAUCUGGAUCCGUAUGGAACAGCAGCAGUCUUUCUCGACGCUGCAGUUCAAGCUGUACGAGAUGACGGUGGCCUUCUCUGUGUCACAUGUACAGACGCCGGCGUAUGGGCUUCUAACGGAUAUCCGGAGAAAGCAUUCGCUCUGUACGGAGGCAUCCCCAUGAAAGGUAACCAUUCUCAUGAAGCAGGGUUGAGAUUGAUUCUCCACUCUAUUGCGACAUCUGCUUCACGAUAUGGCCUAACGAUCGAGCCUCUCCUAUCACUCUCGAUCGAUUUCUACGCCCGUGUCUUUGUCCGUGUCAGGAAGUCGGCCGCAAGUGUCAAGUUCCAGGCUGGCAAAACGAUGGUGGUAUACAAUUGCGAUCAAGGGUGUGGUGCCUGGACAACACAGUUACUGUUGAGGAACAAGGCUGCAGCAAAUAAACUUGGAACGGGGACUUUCUACAAACACACCAUGUCUGCUGCUCCGAGUACAGACCAUCUUUGCGAGCAUUGUGGCUAUAAGAUGCACCUUGCCGGCCCAAUGUACGCAGGUCGACUGCAUUCUCAAGAUUUUAUCAAACAGAUGCUCGAUGAGGUUGCAGAUGCACCCAGAGAAGUAUACGGCACUCUUGACAGAGUCAAAGGUAUGCUGACGACCGCUCUAGAGGAGCGUCUGGAAGCGCCGUCUCCAGAGGGACUGGAACCGUCGAAGGAAGACGCGGUAGCCGCUAUUGAGCCGUAUCCGUUCUUCUUCCUCCCAACCCAAAUAUCGCGAGCACUCCAUUGUGCAACGCCGGGUGACGAUGCGUUCCGUGGCGCACUGCGUCACCUCGGCUAUCAAGUCACACGAAGCCAUUGCAAACCUGGAAGUAUCAAGACUGAUGCCCCUUGGACGGUCAUCUGGGACGUCAUGAGAGAAUGGAUCCGACAGAAGUCGCCCAUUAAGGAGGAGAAUAUAAAGCCUGGAACAUCAGCUUACCACCUGCUACGCUUGGGCGGCACUGGAGCGACAGGAAAGACAGAAGAGGCCGAUAAGUCUGAAGAAGAGAAGAAAUUUGAGGUUGUCUUUGAUGAGAAGCUUGGACGCGAAACUUCCAAGGAGAAACUCGUCAGAUAUCAACGGAAUCCAAGAGAGAAUUGGGGACCGCUGAACAGGGCACGCGGUCAUUGA